UGCGCAUGCGCCGCCGCCGGUUGGGCUGUUGCUCCCUGACGGGUGACUGCGGCGGGUCCUCGCCAUGGAGUCCUACGACGUGAUAGCGAACCAGCCCGUCGUGAUAGACAACGGUUCAGGUGUGAUUAAAGCAGGUUUUGCUGGUGAUCAAAUACCGAAAUACUGCUUUCCAAACUAUGUGGGCAGACCAAAGCACGUUCGUGUUAUGGCUGGUGCUUUAGAAGGGGAUAUUUUCAUUGGUCCAAAGGCAGAGGAGCACAGAGGUCUCCUCUCAAUCCGAUACCCAAUGGAACACGGCAUAGUGAAGGACUGGAACGACAUGGAGCGCAUUUGGCAGUACGUGUAUUCAAAAGAUCAGCUUCAGACAUUCUCAGAGGAGCAUCCUGUGCUGUUGACGGAAGCACCACUAAACCCACGCAAAAACAGAGAACGUGCUGCUGAAGUGUUCUUUGAGACCUUCAACGUUCCAGCACUAUUCAUCUCCAUGCAGGCUGUGCUCAGUCUGUAUGCUACUGGGAGGACCACAGGAGUGGUGCUGGACUCUGGGGAUGGCGUUACCCACGCGGUGCCCAUCUAUGAAGGCUUUGCCAUGCCUCAUUCCAUCAUGAGGAUUGACAUUGCAGGCCGCGAUGUCUCGCGCUUCCUGCGUCUCUAUCUCCGGAAGGAAGGCUACGACUUCCACACAACCUCAGAGUUCGAGAUUGUAAAGACCAUCAAGGAGCGUGCCUGCUAUCUGUCCAUAAACCCCCAGAAGGAUGAGACUCUGGAGACAGAGAAGGCUCAGUACUACCUUCCAGAUGGAAGCACUAUUGAGAUCGGCUCUGCCCGCUUUCGUGCCCCGGAGCUCCUGUUCCGGCCAGACCUGAUAGGGGAAGAAUGUGAAGGACUCCACGAGGUGCUCGUUUUUGCCAUUCAAAAAUCAGACAUGGAUCUGAGGCGAACACUUUUCUCCAACAUUGUGCUGUCUGGUGGCUCCACGCUUUUCAAAGGUUUUGGAGAUAGGCUCUUGAGCGAAGUGAAGAAACUAGCUCCAAAGGAUGUCAAAAUAAGGAUAUCAGCUCCUCAGGAGAGAUUGUAUUCUACGUGGAUUGGGGGCUCCAUUCUGGCCUCGCUGGAUACUUUUAAGAAAAUGUGGGUUUCAAAAAAGGAGUAUGAAGAAGAUGGAGCUCGUGCCAUCCACCGAAAAACCUUCUAGCCCUGGGACCUAUCCUCAGUCUCUGAAGACUCACUUCAGUUCUAAACUCGCUUUUCUGAGUCCGAGUGUCUGAGAGCUGCCUGUAUGUGUGUGUGUGCGCCAGCAUGCCCCGACGUCACUGAGCAAAGACAACAGCAGCAGGAGGGUUGGAUUAGUACUAACUACUUAUUUUUUUUAUUUUUGUUGGUUUUUUUCUUUAAUGGAAAGGAUGAAAUACCAGUCUGCUUUUCUUCAGAAUGGCCCCUUCCUUUUUCAUUUCAGUUCCUUAGUUUCUGUGUUACGAUCACAUUUGCCACUGUAAAACAAGCAAGGAAAAAGAAGGGAACAGCUUAGAAUCUGCCUAGCAAGUCAGAAGGGAGCUAACCACUGCAAACUGCUCACGUAGGCUUUAGUCAGCCUGACUGCAAUGCCUGGAUUGUCUGGAAAUACAUAGCUGAAGCCCCAUAGCUACUUUCUUCCUCAGCAGUGUCUCCACCAUCAGUAGACUUUUGAAGUUGUUUUUAAUGUCUUUUGUUUUUUCUUAAAUUGAAAGAAAGCACAUUCUGAACAGUUAAGCCCAUUUGCCCCCACUAUUUUCAGUGUGUGUGUGUGAGUGUGUAACUUCUCAGACUGAUGUGGGGUUCUGUGCCACAGCUGGAGAAGAUGGUGAUAGGACUUAGUUUGUAUUGCAUGGAGUAGAACAAAGCAAUCUCUAAUCGGCUUUCAUUACGCUAGACGGUUAUUCUCUUGUUCCUUCUUUUAAAUACCUUUCCUCCUCUGGAGUGAAGGCACUUGAGUGUCCUCCCUCAACCUGCCAAGACUUACAGCUUUCAUGUUCUUUCUCUGCAGGAGUUGGGGCUGCUUCCCUCCUCCUCUGCCACGUCAGGGCAACGGAAUUGUGUAUUUCCAGCCAGGCAUAACUCUUGUGUACUUCAUCCAUUUGGGGGCAAAAUAAUAGUUGGAAAGGUGCAUUGUAAUGUAAGAAUUGUUUUAUUUAUUGAAAUCUCUGAGGAUAUCUCAAAUACUGACCAUAGCACCUGGGACUUGUUCUUUGGCUCUUCUUUGAAUACCUGCUAUCCAGUUGUCCAUUGUUUUACGUUAACACUGUUUACAGCACACAUGCUUAGCAUAAUAACUAGUCAGCCCUGCUACAGCACUCAAUAACUGUUUUUUAGGAAGUUUUGCUGUUCUCUGAAUACACUACAUGAGAGGACAAUAAAUGGUAUUGGUAUGUGUACAGUGAUGUGAGCAGCAGGGUUGUGAGCAGCAAGCUGUUCAGUGGCUGUGUUCUGCUGUCCCACUGAGCUGCUUAUGCCUCCAGAGCAGCUUGUGUUGGGUUGCGGCACUGUUAGUUGUGAGUGUUCUUAUGCAUUACUUGGUGCUCAUUUGCUUCACCACUGAUUUUCUGCAGUACCUGGCGUUAGCAGUGGGCCUGGAGUUGCUUGGUGGCAGUUCCUCUGAGUUCCCCUCCUUUCUCCUCAUUUCCACACAUCACCCUGGGGUUGCUCUCCAGAGCCAAGACAGGGAAAGAGCUGGAAGGCUGCAGCAGCCCUGCUCCAGAGGCCUGGCAGAAGCCUGUGCACUGCCCCAUCAGACAUGAAUGUAAGCAGGUAGCGUGCUGCUCCAGCUGGAAGCACAUUCUCAGGGCUCACUGCUGGGCUCAGAGAAGUUGGAGGAGGUAGGCAGAUUUGGUGGUCUGUUCCCAGCUGAGGCCACACUGCUCGCUCUCUUACUCCUGUCAGAACAGAUUGUAUUUAAGUAAGAACAAGUCAGAGAGAGAAGAGCUGUCAAUGCUCAGCCUUGUUCUGACAGAAGAUCGUGGCAGUCUUGCUGAUUAGCUGCAGCAUGCAGAGAGAAAAAAAUCCUCUCUAUUCACCUAUCACAUGCCCCAGGCAGUGCCAGUGAUCUCCUCCCCCUCCCCAGCUCCUCUGCUGGCCUUGCAGAAGCAGCAGUGCUCCAUUCUGUAAACUGCAGUGACCGGACAGAAAGGUGCCAUCUCCAAUCUAGCGUUCAUUUGAUCUGCCUGCCUGUUCCCUCGCACACUGUCCAAACCAUGUUGCCUGGUGGUGCCCAGCAUACUUAAAUAAAGUCAUUCAUAUACAAA